GUUCUGUACGGCAGCAUGAUUUGAGCGAAGCGAGAUAGCCGAGCCAACAACGAUCACAAAUACCAAUGAAUUACCAGUAAAGAAAAACUUCACAUCUUGGGGAUUGAGUGCAUUUUCCAUAUUUAAUGUUGGGACACAGACAACGAAAAACUUAAAGAAACAAAUAGAUCUACGAUGAUUUUCAGUAUGUGAGACCCAGAAACGACCUCUUGCGCCGCACUCAUAAACACCCACCGCAGUGCAACACCACCAACCACCAGGGACUCUUCCUGAUCAUGUAAUCCUAACAAGACCCUGACGGACGGCCUUCUUGAGUCGCCCACGUGCAUCGAGACGCAGGCAUCCACCUUAUUACCGGACCCCACCCGAUGCCAUGUGCCGCUGCUGCUACUCCGCCACAUCUCGCACUAUCCCCUGUGUCUCCCAUUCCGUCUCUCUCUCUCUCCUUCCAUCUUCCCCUCAAUCUCCACAUCAUUGCCUCUUCACAUCUCAUCAUGAGCAGGCGAGGCUCACCUCAGGAUCGGGGAGCGUAUAGCUGAUGAAGGUACAUCGACAAUGACAAAUGCUUGAAACCUCUGUCUGCUACUUGCCAUAGUGUGUGAAUUUCUUACUCAAAGGAUGUGCAACUUUUCUUUUCAGGAUUCAAUUCGAAAUGAAACCUGCUGCUUCGCCAUUUGUGAUGUGGAUGAUGACGUACAUGUGGAAUUACAGGUGGACUGUAUAAGCAGCAACAAAUGUUUUAAAGCCUCUGUCUGUUGCUUACUAUGAAUUUCAUACUCAAUCAGCAGAUUUUGUGGAUGUGUCAGCUUAUCUUUUAAAAUUUCAAUUCAACUUGAAACCUGUAGCUUCACUGUAUGUUGUGUGGAUGAAAGCGACUAUGGAAUUACUUGGAAAUUAUUUACUUCUCUUUCAGUCAUCACGGCCGUACUUUGGGUGAUGAAAUCUUAUCUCCAGCAUUCUUUGGGAUUUUUGUGAGCCAAUGCACUGCCCAAUGUGCCAUAUAAGCAAGAAACAGAGACAAGGCCUGAUGGCGCUUUCGGUUGUGGCACUGAUCUUUGCCAUCUUAGCAUGGUACUACGUCACCCAGCAUGGUCGCAUGGCUGUGCAACAUGUGGGACCGAUCAAGUUCUAUCCAGAGACUCAUGAACUGUACGUCCUCAACGGGACCCAUGAUGUAGUCUUCAAGGCGUGGCUGGGCACCCCCUUGCCCCAUCCCAUCUACCCUCUAGACUGCACCCGGCAGUUCCAGACGUCGGACUCCAUCUGCAUCAACUGGGUGGACAUGGAGACUGCGAGCAAGGUCGACAAGGAGUAUGCAAGAAUGGAGGUCACAGUCCAACCGCCAGAGGACAGUCUGCACUGCAUAACUGUCGAAUGGACAUCCUUUAUGCUUGACUUUGCUCCCAUGGAUUGCAUCUCACUGACAGAUGCCCACUGGUUUGGUGGCGCGAGCCUGUAUCGCCAGCUCUGGCCCUUGGACGAUACUUCCAUUCCAAUGCAACCAUACAUCAUGAGAGACAUUCUAGUCAGGCCUGAUAGGCAUGAUGUUUGGGGCUCCGUUCUGGAGAACUAUUGGUUGUCUUCCACGGGAGUUGCAGUAUUUGUAGACAAGGAUGUUCCGCUCCACGUUGGUUUUAAUCAGGAUUUUUCCCAGAAGUUGUGUUUGAAGUCCGAGUACCUCAACUCUCCUUACCAGAACCAGCAACUCAAGUACCCUCACCUCAAGUAUACAGUGUGUUACAGUGAAGACAUCAAAACAGUUCACCAACAGGUCUACAACAGAUGGUUCCUCAAACCUCUUGGCAUUCCUGAUGAGCGCAUGAUCAAGUCCCCUAUAUGGUCAACGUGGGCACGCUACAAGACCUUUGUCAACGAAACACAGGUCCUAGACUUUGCAGAAGAAAUAGUCCAACACAACCUGUCCAACAGCCAGAUUGAAAUAGAUGAUAAAUACACAACUUCUUAUGGUGCAUAUGAUUUCAACCAGACAAAGUUCCCUGAUGCCGCAGGGAUGAUUGGAAAGCUGAAAGAAAAAGGAUUCAGGGUAACAUCUUGGAUUCACCCUUUUACAAACCUAGAGUCUCCAAAUUUUAGAGUAGGAAUUAACAAUGGGUUCUGGGUAAGAGAUGUAACAAACUCCGUGCCUGCUCUCGUGAAAUGGUGGCAGGGAGAAGGAGCCAUCUUGGAUGUCACAGACAACAGGUCAAGACAGUGGUACCUGAACAACCUUCAGUCCAUGCGUACGGCUUACGGUCUUGACUCCUUCAAGUUUGAUGCCGGUGAAGCAGAUUUCUUCCCAGUCUACUUCAACGUGACAUCCCAGGAGUUCUGGAAUCCCAACGAGUACUGCACCCAGUAUGCUCAACUUGUGUCAGAGUUGGGAGGUAUGAUUGAGGUGAGAUGCGGGCACCAGACCCAGAACCUGCCCAUCUUUGUGCGCAUGUUCGACAAGGAGUCCUCCUGGAGCAAUGACAACGGUCUGAAGACCAUGAUUCCCUCUGCCCUUACCCAAGGUAUCCUAGGAUAUCCCUUCAUCCUACCUGACAUGAUCGGAGGAAACGCGUAUGGAGGAGAUGGUGUCUUUGACAGCACCAACCUGAAGGACCUGCCUGAGAGGGAGCUGUUCAUACGGUGGAUGGAGUUGACUGCCUAUCUUCCAGCCAUGCAGUUCUCCAUUGCACCAUGGCAGUACAGUGAUGCAGAUGCUGACGAUGGGGUCUCCAUCGUGGAUGUUUCCAGGGAAAUGAUUCGCAUUCAUGAAGAGGAAGUGACUCCCCUCAUCAUUAGAUAUGCUCAGGAGGCAGUAGCUGAAGGUUACCCAAUCAUCAGGCCGCUCUGGUGGCUGGACCCUAAGCAUGAAGAUGCCCUGACCUGUGAUUCAGAGUUCCUCAUAGGUGAUGCAGUCCUGGUGGCCCCAAUCCUGGAACCCCACGCACGAUCGAGGGAUAUCUUCUUACCCAAGGGACGCUGGAAGGACACCCUCCGUGGGAACAAGAUUGUUGAAGGACCACGUUGGCUUCGGGACUAUGCCAUCCAGCUUGAUGAAAUUGCCACAUUCUACCACAUGGAGGAUGAGUAAAAGUAUCUAUAACCACUAUGUCUAAUUCCCAGAUUGUCUUAAAUGAUGAUUGCCAAGUUUAUUUGAUUCACUUUGGUCUAAUGUACAAUAGUCUACUAGGGUGCUAGUAGUUUCCUGUAAUGGUCAAAUGUACACUCAAUUCAAUUGAUUUUCCUUAGUUUGUAUAAUCAACUACUUAGUCCAUAAUCUUGGGUGCAUUUCAUCAAAAAGUUUGUCCAACAAGUUGUCAGGUCUGACAACUCUCCUUGAUUGGCUGAGAGGCACUGUUACCAUAGUAACUGUUGGAUAAAACAGUACUUGUUAGAUAUUAAAGUCCUUUCAUGAAACGCUCCCCUGUCUGAUAAACUGGUGUUUAACCAAGUGGAAAUUAGACAAAGUGGGCUAAGUGGCAAUUCUAUGCAGUUCUUGACAGAUCUGGGGAGUGUUUCACAAAGAUUUAAGUAUGAUUUAUGCCUCAUUUAAAUGCUGACGCGUACAAGAUGUGCAACGCGCAAUCUUAUUGAUCAAUACGCAUCAGUGCGCAUCCUCUUCGCAUGAUCUGACCAAUGUGGUCAUGCCUUUUAUACUGCAUGCCAAUAGACAUUUAAGCGCAACUCUAAGUCAUACUUAAAUCUUUGUGAAACAUUCCCCGGUUGUUUACAAUGAGGUGAAUUAAAAUAGGCUUUAGACAAAAUAGAAUUAGACCGCCGGGGAUAAUACCAAAUUGACUCUAGACAGGCGAUCAGGAAUAGUAUGCCUAAAUGGCUUAGACAACAAAAUUUGAUAUACAUGUAGCCUGCAUGUACAUGUAGGUGGCACUUUAGAUAAACUUGGAAUAGACCAUAUAAUAAUGGCCCAAAUUGGUUUUUGCAAAAGCUAUUGUUUCAUUUGAAUCUACUGUUGAAACUGCUGUUUAAACUGUAGGUUCUAAAAACCAACGUUUGUGAAAUGAAAAUUUUAGAAACCGUGGUUUUUUAAAAACACCACGGUCUCUGAAACCACCUUUGUGUAUUCGGGCCAAUAAUCUUUGGAAUAACAAGAAUUAGACAGGGGAUGAAACCAAGUAGACAAAUUUGAAUGAGAUCUCAUAGGAUAACAACUUAAUUGGCCAUAGAUGAUUUGGGUAUAGCCUUGGUGGCAUGGGUGCGUCGUGGUCGAGUGGUUCUGACUCGCCUUAUAACCAAAGGGGUGUGGGUUCGAAUCGUAGCCAUGGCAUGUUUUCCUUCAGCAAGAAAUUUGUCCACACUGUGCUGCACUCGACCCAGGUGAGGUGAAUGGGUACCCGGCAGGAGUAAUUCCUUGCAUGCACUGAGUGCUGGUGAUGGUGGCUCGAGCUAAAGUCGGGGUAAUGAUAGCAGCGCUUUGUAUCCUCUGGCAAAAAGUGCUUUAUAAAUCAAGCUAUUAUUAUUAUCAUUAUUAUGGGCUCAAAUGCACUUUGGAUAAAUUGUGAUUAGACUUUGGAGGAUGAAACCAAACAGGCUUUAGACAAAGGCGAAUGAGAUCAAAUGCACUUUUGGACACACUUGAAUUAUACCUUGAGACCAAAUUGGCCUGAGACCAAGUGCGAUUAGACUAAAUGGGCUUAAAAUGAGGAUCAGACAGAGCGGCUAUUUACCUGUGAAAGAAGUUUCUGAAGGUAGAUCGAGUGUGGCGAAGAGUUGGCUCUAUGGGGUAUAGGGUUAUUGAUUUCCCUUGGGGGUGAAGAUGAUGAAUAUAUGCAUGGUUAAUAAUGGAAGGCAUGUGAUCAAUCAUAGCAGGAUAGCUGCAUCAUACCUGUGCCGGCCGCAAGGGAAAUGUUGUUAGCUCAGUCACAUCUUUCGGAUUGUGAGGUCAAAACAUUUAUUUCAAUGUGUAAGUAAUGCAUUGUUUUUACAUUAGGCAUCGCUGCCACAUUACCAGUUGUAAAAGGGCCUCUGUUGGCGCUAACAACGUUUCUGUUCAGUCGGUACUGAUCAAUUGCCUUCCAUUAAGACACCUUUUUCAAAAGUUGUCUCUUUUCUUACACUAAUCUUGCAAUCAGCUUUCCUGGCAAAUCAUCACAAUCUCCAUAUGUAGACAAAACAAUGGAAAGUGCAGGAAAGCUGCAAUGAAAAGAUGCAUACAUGUACAACAUAUAUAAUCCUUCUUGAACGAUUCCUGCUGAAAAUGGGGCACACCUUUUGACAAAUGAAGGUUAAUUGACAUUACUUGUCUGUAUGUGUUGGCACUAAUUUAACACCGUAAAUAUUGAUAUUUUCAUGACUGUAUUUUCAGUUUCCAUUUGUUGGAAGUGAAGGGAGGAUUUCCAAAUUGUAUAUGUUAAACUAGACAUUUCAAUUUGUCUUUUGCAUAUAUUUUUUGGAACUGCUCAUAAUCCUCAUACAGUUUUUUUAGGGAUAAUUUUAGGGAUAAAGUCGAGUUGAGUCAGUCAAGUCACUGUACAAAUAUAAACGAGAAUAAUGUUAUAGAAUCAUGACAUGAUUGAUAACAUCCCUGGCAUGUACACCAUCUUGUCUCACACUUAAUUGUUGCCGUCUCUACAGCAGCUUUAUAUCCUUAAACUAUAGAGGGCACUAGUGAUCAAUGAAAACUGGAAGUAUUUAGUACUCGUAGUAGUAUAUGUAUCACAUCACCUGUUAUGAUCAUUUCAUCUCUUUUUCAUGUCCCCCUUUCCAAUCUCCCCCACUCUCUCUCUCCCUCCUUAUCUCUUUAUACUUCUUUUUCUCUCCCCCUUUCAUUUUCCUUUACCUCCAAAAAAAAAUGUCACAUGCUUGCCUUUAGGGAGCUCUUCCAUCUACUCUUUCUCAUAUCCUUUAUUAAGGAAUCAUAUCAAUUACAUCUCUUUCACAUUGCAUAAAUAUACUAUGUUGAUCUAUGCUUUUAGUUGCUGAAUAAUUCUACAUUAUUGUUUACUUUACUUUAUGCCUUUCAUGAUGCAGUUUGCUUUCUUCUUUAUUUUGGCUGAGAAGUAAAAGCUCUCUUUAUCAAGUUGCCUUUUCACUUUGUGCAAUCUCUUCUGUUAAUUUUAUAUUCUAUGUGCUCUCAUAUUCAGCAUGCAGGAGUGCAUU